UUGAAAAAGAAUGCUGUUAAAACAAAGUAGUAGAAACAAGGUUUUUCCCACGAACAGGAUCUUGUUCUCGUUAUAUAUAUCUACGUUUACAACGUUACGUUCAUACUACGUUAACGCUCUAUUGUCACACCACGUGGAGUCAAGCAAAUAGAAAAAAAGCAGACGAAAAUGCAGUUCUUUAAGUAUUUCCUUAUCACAAUUGUUAUCUUGGCCUUACUGGACCCCACAGAUGGUGGCUGGUUCAAGAAGAAACUUAGAAAACUGAGAAAAUCUGUUAAGAAAGUUGUUAAAGGCAUUAAGAAGGUCGGAUGUAAGGUGUUAUUUGGUGUUGGUUGUCCAGCUGCGGUUGGGGCAGUUGGUGCUUCUUUAGCAGCCGGAUCGUCUGGUACGGGCUCAGCUAUAGUCGCGGUUGGGGUAGCUGCAGGUACUAAUGCUUGCCACGUGAGAAAAAAUAAAUGCAAAAGAAGUGUCGAUAUGACUGAAAUCAUGCUCCCGUUUUCUGAUAAGAUUUCCGACUACGACAUGAACGACGACAAGCUGGUAACAUACGAAGAAUUUGUUUUUGCUGUUUUGCGGUCUGUUGAUUUAGCAAAUCCAAAGGAACUUCGUGUGCCUUUUGUCUUUGCAGAUUUCGACGGAAACGGAGUGUUAGAUUCUGAUGAAUUCAACGGAGCUCCUUUUUUAUUUGCACAUGCUGCAUAAAAAUGACAAGUGAAUGCCCAUUAUUCAAGACAACAGUUUCUGAACCAAAGCUUUUGUUAUAUUUUUGUUACGUUUUUUCUUCAAAAUUUAUAUUGUUAUGUUAACAAUAAAAAUAUAUAAAACUUAA